GGCUGUCUUACAUGCAUAAAAUGAACGCAUGUAGCAGUAAAAUUGUAAAUAUAGCUAAAGGUUGAGUUGCCCUUCUCAUGCGAAAGCGGACAAAUUGUUUCGUUUUCAGGCUGUCGGCAGAGACACGACGCCAAGGUUAUAGCACCAGAUUGAUGGAGAAGAAUGGCCCGAAUCUCGUUGGACUGUCCCAACUCUUUACCAGGAAUCCCCCUCAGUGUGCUUUCAGUGCCCAUGGAGAAUAAAUACAAAUGUCAGCAGUGUCUCCAGGUGCUGAGGAAGCCUGUGCAGGCUCAGUGCGGCCACCGCUUCUGUGUACACUGCUUCAAGCAGCUCACCAGUUCUGGGCCAAAGCCGUGUGAAGCCUGCCGCCAAGAGGAGAUAUAUGAGGAACCCAUCUCCAUUUUAAAUAGUAAUGAGGCAUUUCCAGACAAUGCCGCCGGUCGAGAAAUAGCUAGCCUGCCUGCCAGGUGUUUGAACCAGGGCUGCAAUUGGACAGGCUCAAUAAAAGAGUAUGAGGCUCAGCAUGAAGGUCGCUGUGAAUUUGAGCGGGUACAGUGCGACGCCUGCCAAACCUUAAUCCUUCGUACGGAGAAGGACAGACAUAAUGAGAGAGAAUGUGAAGCAAGAACACUCAACUGCAAAUACUGCAAAGUGACCUUUAACUUUAAAGAGAUCAAGGCCCAUGAUGAGAUCUGUCUGAAGUUUCCCUUACAAUGCAAGGACUGUGGCAAAAAGAAGAUCCCAAGAGAAAAGUUCAAUGACCACUGCAAAUCCUGCAAGUCAAAGAGUGCCUGUCCAUUCAAUGAAGUGGGCUGUAAGUCUGUGGUAGAGAACGGGAAACUCAGCGACCAUGAGCACAGCAGCACCUUGGAGCACUUGCGUCUGCUGCUGUCCAUGGUGUUGUCCGUGGCUCGGCCGUGUGCAGACGGUGCUGGUCCUGGGGAGUGGCAGGAGGACUCUGGUCUGGGCCUGUACAGGGCUCCUGAGGAGGGAGUCACUAUUGGCUCUGGAGCUGCAGCCUCCGUGCAGAAUGUGGACUUGGAAAAAAAGGUGAACGCUUUAGAAAACAUUGUGUGUGUUCUGAACCGAGAGGUGGAGCGCAGUUCGGUUACGCUGGAGGCUUUCUCACAUCAGCAUCGUUUAGACCAGGAAAAAAUUGAAAACCUCUCCAAUAAAGUGCGCCAGCUAGAGCGGACGCUCACCAUGAGAGACUUGCAGCUGUCUGAAACAGAACAGCUGGUGCAAGAACUCCAGUUCUGCACGUACGACGGGAUCUCUGUCUGGAGAAUCUCUGACUUCUCACGCCGCAGACAGGACGCUGUGGCCGGCCGAACACCUGCAAUGUUCUCUCCAGCGUUUUAUUCCAGCAAAUACGGAUACAAAAUGUGUCUGCGUCUGUAUUUGAACGGCGAUGGGACGGGUCGAGGAACACACCUUUCUCUGUUCUUUGUCGUCAUGAGGGGCAAAUGUGAUGCACUGCUCAAAUGGCCAUUCAGUCAGAAGGUGACUCUAAUGCUCUUGGAUCAGAACAACAGGGAGCACAUUAUUGAUGCUUUUCGCCCUGACGUCACCUCGACUUCCUUUCAGCGACCAAUCAGUGAGAUGAACAUCGCCAGUGGUUGCCCGCUGUUCUGUCCACUGGCUAAACUGGCUGGCAAGAGCCCCUAUCUGAGAGAUGAUACAAUUUUCAUUAAAGCCAUUGUGGAUCUCACAGGCUUAUAGGGUGUAGACUGUGGAAGUUAGCCCAAAUGAAAAAAAACAUAAUAAAUAAAUAGAGUACAUAAAUAAAUAAUAAAAAUAUAGCUAUAUGAUUAUCUAUAUUAUAAUAUAGUAUGUGACUAUGAUUAUUAUAUAUAUAUAUAUUAUUAUAUAUACACUAUACAUUAAGAUCAUCAAAAUGUUUUUGAGUGUCACAUUAUGACAUGAUGUACAAGGGUGUUUAGUGAAUAAAUUCAUCUGACUUUUAAGAGCCAGUGGACAGACAGCACUGCCAUGGCAUACCCGUGCUUUAUGUACCUUUGGCCAUUUGUUAUUUUCUUAAUGUCUUUUAUAUUAAAUACUUUUGGCAGUAGCUACAUCACAUAUACAAACAUCUGACAGCUGUCAGCAGGGGGUAAGGAGACUUGCAUAAAGCAAUAAGAGCUUUAGUGACAUUAAGAACAUCCUAAUGUGACCCUCUCUGCAUUUGAUUGAAAUCUUAUCAAUUAUAUCUUAUAACAGAUAAUACAAAUAUUUGUAUAGGUUUUUAUAUUAUACAUUUACAUUUAUUCAUUUAGCUGACGCUUUUACCCAUAACCAUUAUAAUGAUUAUAAUACACAGCUUUGCAUUGUGUGGUUUAGCAUGUGUCAAAUAAUGACAAUAAUAAUAAUAAUAACAUAACGUCUCCCUUUACAAGUUUUAAAUGAUUCUUUUCAUUAAUAUAUGUAAAUACAUAUAUUUAAAUCCCAAUCAAUAUGACCACAUAACAUUUAAUACUGCCCCUCAUAGAGAGACAUGUUAUCCAACGAUAUUGUGUCUCGCUGCACCACGUGAACCAUUGCGGCUACCUGGAACAGCACAUGGUGCUGAACUUAACUCUUAAUAAAACAGGUUAAUUAACAACUGAAACAUAGAUGAAGCAUGCCACUUUUUAUAAUAUGGAUGACUCUUAGUCAGUUAGAUCAUACAAUUGCAAAUGAGUCAUUUUCUGCCAUCAGCUGCUGUAGCCCAAACCUAAACAGUUUUAUACAUCAAAUUUAUUGUGUUUGUGUGUGUUGAUGGAUAUUAUGCUUACUACCUAACCUGACUGUUUAAUGUAUUAUUUAUGUAAGUGCUUAAAUAUAGAUUAUGUUAUCUAAUUGGGGUACUUGGAAUUUGCCAUGUAUACUCAACCUUAAAUGUUCAGUGUGUAAUAUUUAAGAGGAUAUAUUGACCGAAAUGCAAUAUAAUAUACAUACACACAACUGUGUUUUCAGUGGUGAAUAAAGACCUUAUAUAGCAAA